AUGACUUCGCUUCUUGUUAUUAUCGAUAAUCACUACUGCGUUUCAUAUACUGCUGAUACUAAUAGUGACACCACUAUUACUAAUAUCAAUAUACCACCUGUUAUUGUCAACGAUGAACAGAAAGCGGGCACUUCGCAUGAUUAUAGCGGGCUUUCUGCAUACAAUCGUUUGAGACAUUCAGAACGGCAACGACGACGACACAAGCAAAUGUUGCAGCAAAAACAGAAGCAACAGCUACAGUUACAUCGUUUCGAUGGUAGCAUCGACGACAAAUUCUUUGACAAUUUACGAAGACCAUUGAAUGUCAACAACAAUAACGGUGUAAUAAGAAAUAGAUUUAAAGCUCAUUACAGAGAUCUCAAAUCAAAACGGGAGAGAAACGAGCCAUUAUGUGAGAGUGACCGUAAUACUGUGCAUAUGAAUACCCCAACUGAGGAAUAUGAUCCUCCAUUUUUUGUCGAAAUACGUUGCAAAAGUAUUGCUGAUUAUGAACAACAGCAAGGACGUAUACCUAUUAGGCAACAAACGUGUGUGCAUGGCAUGUUACGCUGUGUGCAGAACUACAAGGACCAACACUUUUCGCGCCGGAGAAUUGGUUCCCAUAGUUGGCAUCCAUAUACGAUUCCUAAUGUGCCAAGCUCAUGUGAAUGUAUGUGGCCGGUGGAUAAGUAUGGACACCAGGAACUUUAACACACUAUUUUCCAAUUUUUGCAGUUUGAAAUAUUCGAGUAAAUAUUAAGUGGAAAUUAACAAAAAACUCU